AUGUCGUUUGAUUUCUCGAACCGGCCAAGAAUAGAAUUGAUAGAUUGGAUUGCUCCGAAAGAGCUAUGGCAUUCCAUGAGUGAUCAGGAGCUGCUUUGGAGAGCCUCAAUGGUGCCAAAGGUUGUUGAGUACCCUUAUAAUCGGACACCAAAGUUGGCUUUCAUGUUCUUAAGCAAGGGAAGAUUGCCAUUGGCUCCGCUUUGGGAAAAGUUUUUCAACGGAUAUGAAGAUCUCUAUUCCAUUUAUCUUCAUACGUCUCCAGAGUACACGUACGAGCCACCGGAAUCCUCAGUGUUCUACAAGCGUAGAAUACCAAGCCAGCCAGUUCAAUGGGGAAGAAAAACAAUGAUUGACGCAGAGAGACGCCUACUAGCAAAUGCUCUACUGGAUUUCUCCAACGAGAGAUUCAUAUUACUAUCAGAAACAUGCAUUCCCAUAUUCAACUUCACCACAAUCUACAACCACCUUAUGAACUCCAACCAAAGCUUCGUGGGCCUAUUCGACGACCCAAGAUACGUAGGCCGUGGAAGGUACAACAAGAGAAUGUGGCCCACGGUGUCACUCUCCAAUUGGCGAAAGGGCUCGCAGUGGUUCGAGGCCCACCGGAGACUCGCCGUGGAGAUAGUGUCCGAUGUAAGGUAUUAUCCGGUGUUUGUGGAGCAUUGCAAGCCUCCUUGUUACAUGGAUGAGCAUUAUUUGGCGACCUUAGUGUACAUAGUUUGUCCGGAAAUGACCUCAAAUUGGAGCAUAACAUGGGUUGAUUGGUCUAGAGGUACUGGAUCACAUCCUACAACGUUUGUGAGGAGAGAGAUCUCUCAAGAGUUUUUGAAUCGGAUAAGGCAUGGGUUUAAUUGCACUUAUAAUGGUCGCAUGAGCACAAUCUGCUUCCUUUUUGCCAGGAAAUUUCAUCCUAGCACACUAAAGCCUUUGCUUAAAAUAGCUCCUGAUUUGCUUGGUUUUAAUGUCUGA